AUGACCGCGAUCCUUGGCCAGUCAACUCCUGUCCCACAAUCCAUGUGGCCGAUAUAUGCAAACGAGACUCAGUUUCGCCAAACAGUACUGACAUGGACCAAUGCCUACCGUGCUCGACACAACACACCAUACUUGACAUGGGACAAUACACUCGCCACCUACGCGCAGAACUGGACAAAUCAAUGCAUAUGGGCUCAUAGUAAUCCAACUGCAAGCGGUCAAUACGGUGAGAAUCUCGCAACAAAUGUACAAACCCCGGCGGCGGCAGUUCAAUACUGGGCCGAUGAAGCAGCACUUCCACAAACUGGUCAUUUUACCCAACUCGUAUGGAAUGCCUCACAGAUUGUGGGCUGCUCACGCACGUACUGCGGUGCCACGCCUGAUGCUCCUGGAAGGGCGUACGGGUGGUUCAUGGCCUGCGAGUAUUGGCCUCGAGGGAACAUUCGCGGGCGCUUUCUCACCAAUGUAUUUCUGCCUUCUUAA